AUGCCAGUGCUGGAUGUGAGGACAGGGGUCCAAUACGGGUGGCCGAAAGAAAAAAGUGGGUGGAGCAACGGCUGUGACUUGUACGGUGAGGUAAGGUAAAGGUAAAGGGACUCCUGACCAUUAGGUCCAGCCAUGGCCAACUCUGGGGUUGCGGCGCUCAUCUCGCUUUACUGGCCGAGGGAGCUGGCAUACAGCUUCCGGGUCAUGUGGCCAGCAUGACUAAGCUGCUUCUGGCAAAGCAGAGUAAUGCAUGGAAACGCCGUUUACCUUCCCGCCGGAGCGGUACCUAUUUAUCUACUUGCACUUUGACGUGCUUUCGAACUGCUAGGUUGGCAGAAGCAGGGACUGAGCAACGGGAGCUCACCCCGUCGCGGGGAUUCGAACCGCCGACCUUCUGAUUGGCAAAUCCUAGGCUCUGUGGUUUAACCCACAGCGCCACCUGCGUCCCUGUACAGUGAGGUAGGUGUAGGCAAAAGCACUCCAGGGGUAUGUGGAGAGGGACCAGUGAGAUGUGUGGCCUAGGAAGAUGGGAGGUGGUCUUGAAGAUCAGAAAGAGAAGCCUGGAGAGUUACACUGGGUCUGAGGCUCCCUUAUCCGUAGGGCUACCCCCCCCCAGCACUUCUCAGGUGGGCACCAUUGCCAUUAUAAGAGAACAAGGGAGGCGUUCAUUGUAAGUUCCGGCACCUCUUUGUCUAGAAAAGCAGCACUGCUCUCUUCUGUGAUGUCUAUGACUACAACACUAACAGAUAUGAAUACAAACCUAUGUGGGAAGAAGUCCUACAUAACCUAGUGGAACCUACUUAUGACUUGAUUGUGCACUAGACGAUGGACGUUGCGAUCUGCCAUUCACGAGUUGCAACUGAUGAGUUACCUUUUUAACCGUCAAAUACGAUAAUAUGUUUUAGGAGCAUUACGAUAUUUUAAGUAUAGGAUCUUUUUUCGCUUUUAAAUCAUGUGAUCUUCUAAAAUCCAAGUGAAAAGCUGUUGUUACUGUUACUUAUCUACACACAAAAUCCCAGUCUACUGCUUUCCCUCUACUCAUCACACAGCCACCCACUGGCAGUCCUAUGCCCCGGGCGUACCCCAUUUAAUGCAGUGGUUCUUAUGUUGUUGUUGUGGUUUAGUCGUUUCAGGGCCGUCUUAAGCAUAUCCGGCGCCGUGGUGCACAGCUCCUUCCGGCUCCCCCCCCAUUUCUCUCUUUUUUUUAAAUAAUAUUUUUUAUUAUUUUUAGCAUACAAAAUUUUUUAAGACAUACCACACAAAUUAUUAUACAUAUGUCCUUGUUUGGACUUCCUUCAGCAUCUCUGACAGGCUUCCAUCUUGAUUAUUUCUCCUGCAAUUCUUAACUUUACCUUUUCUAACAAAUCAUUUCUCCCUUUCCAUUUUUACAAUAUUUCUUAAAUUACUCCUCACAGAACUUUUUGUAGUCCUACAAACGUAAUCUGAUCAUCACAAAUACUUUUCAAAUACUCAGUAAAUUUAGUCCAGUCUUCGGUAAACCUCUGGUCCCGCCGGUCUCGGAUCCUUCCUGUUAGCUUGUCUAAUUCUGCGUAGUCCAUCAAUUUCAACCUCCAUUCUUCUAAUGUUGGUAGUUCUUCUUGCUUCCAUUUUUGGGCCAAUAAUAUUCUUGCUGCUGUUACUGCAUAUAAAAGCAACUUACAAUCUUUCCUGUUUAUAUCGUUUCCAACAAUACCUAAAAGGAAUGCUUCCGGUUUUUUAAUAAAAGUAUAUUUCAACAUUUUUUUCAACUCAUUAUAUAUCAUCUCCCAGAAGCAUUUCACCUUUUUACAUUCCCACCACAUAUGAUAAAAUUAUCCUUCUUUUUCGUUACAUUUCCAACAUUUAUUACUGACUUUAUACAUUUUUGUUAACUUAACUGGUGUGAUGUACCAUCUAUACAUCAUCUUCAUCACGUUUUCUUUUAAUGCAUUACAUGCAGUAAAUCCUAAACCUUCUUUCCAUAAUUUGACCCAAUCACUUAACUGAAUAUUAUAUCCUAAGUCUUUUGCCCAAUGAAUCAUAACUGAUUUUACCUCCUCAUCUUUCAAGUGCCAUUCAAGCAGUAAUUUAUACAUUUUUGACAGAAUUUUAAAAUCAUUAUUCAAUAUUUCUUGUUGAAACCUCGAUUCUUUUUCACAGAAACCAUUUUCUUUGAUAUCUUGUUUAAACACUUCAUUCACCUGAUAAUAAUGUAACCAAUCAUUAACAUGCUGUUUCACUUCUUCGUAUGGUUUCAAUUUCCAUUUUCCUCCUUCUUUAAUUCCCCCCCCCCAUUUCUCAGAGUUUUUUAGGGAGGAUGGCGGAGCUGGAGGAGGCAGAUAGCAGCUGGAGGGCGGCUCCUCUGGAGGGGAAGAGGUGGAGGCUGGACACGGCGCCUCCUGGCUCAGCUGGCCACGGCAGAUGGAGGCUCCGGGCAUGGCGCUGCUUUGGCACAGCAUGGCGGAGGCGGGCAAGGGCGGCAAGCUGAUGCUGGGAGGCACUGCAUCCAGCCUCCGCCUCUUUCCUGGCACCCUCCAGAACUUGGCACCCUGGCACCCCGCGCCACUAGCUUCUAUGGGUAUUCCUGCAUUGCAGGGGGUUGGACUAGAUGUCCCUCGUGGUCCCUUCCAACUCUACAAUUCCAUGAAAUCACAGGCUAUUUGGUUAUCAAAUGAUUUGGACAUGUUUUUCAGACAAUAGAUGAAAAGCCAUAUAUUUGCUUCCUUGAAGUCUUGAUGGGGACAGAAGGCUCCGUCACUAACAAGGCAUCUUAUCAAUUCUGCACCUGCCAACGUUUGGUUUAGCUGCUGGAAGGAAAUACCAGUGGUACCUCGGGUUACAUACACUUCAGGUUACAGACUCAGCUAACCCAGAAAUAGUACCUCAGGUUAAGAACUUUGCUUCAGGAUGAGAACAGAAAUCGUUCUCCAGUGGCAUGGCAGCAACAGGAGGCCCCAUUAGCUAAAGUGGUGCUUCAGGUUAAGAACAGUUUCAGGUUAAGAACGGACCUCCAGAACGAAUUAAGUUCUUAACCCGAGGUACCACUGUACUCCUAAAACUUAGUCCUGCUUAGAGAUGUGGGACACCUUUAACAAUAUAAAGGGGGGUGGGGACAGGGGCAGAAUGGUGUUGAUGAAAGAAAGAAGAAUGGCAGAAACAAAGUUACCCUUAGUCUAAUUUAUGCCUCUGUGCUGAGCUUCCGUUGUGCAGCUAAACAGAGAGGUGUGUGCAUGCAUGGUUUUGUUGUGUGUUUUUAAAUCGAUUUUGCUUCACUUUAAACAUGAAUUAGGCAUGCCUGUGAGUGUGAAGGGGUGGAACUGUGGAAGAAAAGCAUGAAAAGAACUUGGAAUUUGUACGGGGGGGCAGGGAGGGGCAGAUACUGCUCCCUGCGCCCCCUUAAAUCAAUAAAAAUCAAUAAAAAUACAUAGCUAAGGUUCUUCCCCCCCCCCCAACAAAAGGCCCUGCCGCAACAAAAAUCCUGGCUUCGCCCAUGGCCCAGAGUAUCAAAUAUCAUUCUUUAUAUGUGUGAAUGAGCCAUUACAGACUGUCAUAUCAUUAUAUGUUGCCUUAAAACACAAUUCAGUGGAAUCAGCUGACACAUUCUGCUGCAAGUCCUCAUCAGGUGGUAGUUAGUAGUCAGAGAUAACCGAGGUCGAGUGAUGCACACAAUUGUCUGAAACAGCCCUAAGUGUUAUCUAAUUUCAAAAAUCAAACCUUGGCCGGUAGGUGCUAUUCAAAAACACAGACAAAAUACAUUCCACUUAUGUCUCAGCUCAUGUUCCUGGCACUACAGACCUCAAGAGAUUCUUGAACACUGAAAGCCUAUAAGGAAGGACAAUCCAUUCCUAUGGCUCACUGUUCUCCCCCCCCCCCCCAGGCUAAAAAACCCCGGCUGAUUGAUUGAGCAAUCAAAACUGGAAAGUGCUGGCGUUUCUAGACAAACAACUGUCACAGAAACACUAUACACAUCAGUAAUACAGAAAAGCCACAAGCUGGAUCCCUGCCAAAAAAUAAGAUUUCUCUCCACAGUGAAAUAUGCAGAAUUAAGAUCAGUGUACAGGUGUAAUCAACACCAGCUUGCUGACAGAAUACAGCUACCGGAUUGUGAGUGAUCUCUCCACCCAGACAAUUAGAACAGCUGACAGUGUAGAUUGUUUUGAUCGUUUGAUCUGUGCCUCCCCAUAACUGGCUGACACGAAAGUUUGGCGGGAGCAUGGAGAUUCACAGCACGAUGAGAUCUGAUUUGCUUAGUCAGCAAUCUGAGAUGCUUUGGUUAAGGAUGAGUAAAUCUGUCCAUUUCGGUACUUCACUUUCCCAAUCUUAAAUUCAGUUCUUCACAUUUCCACAUUAGUUUGUGAUUUAUUGAUGUUUGUUUAAAGUUCUCGUGAAAAUUCAUCAGGAUUUUAAUGCUGAUCCUAAAAUACACAUUUUUGUAUGCAGUUUUCCCUAAGAAGCACAUUUUUGCAAAGUCAUUUCCCCUACUGUAAUGUAUUUGUGUGUGUAAUUUUCACUAAUAUAUGCAUUUUUAUGCACAGUAGGUGCAUUUUUAUGCCCUAGUAGGUGCAUGAAUGAGGGACGUGGGUGGCACUGUGGGUUAAACCACAGAGUCUAGGGCUUGCCAAUCAGCAGGUCGGCGGUUCGAAUCCCCGCCACGGGGUGAGCUCCCAUUGCUCGGUCCCUGCUCCUGCCAACCUAGCAGUUCGAAAGCGCAUAAAAGUGCAAGUAGAUAAAUAGGUACUGCUCCAGCGGGAAGGUAAACGGCGUGCGCUGCUCUGGUUCGCUAGCAGCGGCUUAGUCAUGCUGGCCACAUGACCCGGAAGCUGUAUGCCGGCUCCCUCAGCCAAUAAAGCCAGAUGAGCACCGCAACCCCAGAGUCAUCCGCGACUGGACCUAAUGGUCAGAGGCCCCUUUACCGUUUACCUACGUGCAAGAAUAGUGCAAAGUGGUGGAUUUAUACUGGACCAUCCACAUAUCAUUCUGUUUUUGGAGUCAUUCUGUUAUGCUUCUCCAUUGCUACUGCACCAAACAUUUAAAGUAUGAUCUUAACACUUGAAACAAUCACGGCUACCCCCAAAAAACACUGGGAAAUAUAGCUUGUUUAGGGUUCUUCAGGGUCUUAGCGCACCAAAGGAAGAUGAGCAAAGCGAACCCAGAAGAGGUUCAGAUAUGCUUAUUGGGGGCUGAAAGGUAAAAUGGAAAGUGGGAGAGCUAAGUCUGGGUUCUUUUCCCUGCGUCAUGGUACCUGCCUCUAUGACAUCAAAGUCAGAUGUGGGGCAGGGUGGGGGGAAUAAACCACAGCAAACAUAAAGCUCAGCGAUGUGAAAACCCUUGGUACCAAGCCUUGCUUGGUAAAUAGACCGUACAGGAAACUGAAGAGCAAUAUUUGGUUUCAGCGACACAAACAUGAGGAAGUGGAACUCAUAAUAUGUAUUAUAGGUCAGGUUAUGACCGUAACAGCUGUCUUGCUGAAAAGGAGUGAAACCGUGAGCAAAAGGGUAAGAAAAAAAGCAUGUCAUCACAAUAGGGAAGGGGCUUUUUCAAGUGUUUUGACCACAUCCUUCUCCUACUCAUAAUGCGGUACUUUUAGCUUCCGUAUCCAACUCAGCAUCACCAUAAUUAACACAUCCCCCCCCCCAGUUGUUUUAGGUGUAUGUCCUCAGCUUGUCAGGGACGCGGGUGGCACUGUGGGUUAAACCACAGAGCCUAGGACUUGCUGAUCGGAAGGGCGGCGGUUCGAAUCCCCGCGACGGGGUGAGCUCCCGUUGCUCGGUCCCUGCUCCUGCCCACCUAGCAGUUUGAAAGCACAUCAAAGUGCAAGUAGAUAAAUAGGUACCACUCUGGCGGGAAGGUCAACGGCGUUUCCGUGCGCUGCUCUGCUUCGCCAGAAGCGGCUUAGUCAUGCUGGCCACAUGACCCGGAAGUUGCACGCCAGCACCCUCAGCCAAUAAAGCGGGAUGAGCGCCGCAACCCCAGACUCAGCCACGACUGGACCUAAUGGUCAGGGGUCCCUUUACCUUUACCUUUUACCUCAGCUUGUCAGUAAUAUGACUGUUGUAUGCAACCCCGGUCUCUGAGCAGUGAGAGACUCCUGUGCUUACCCAGGGUUCCUGUUUCCUUGGAAUGAAGGUCAGUGAAAACGCUGGUAUCUUUAGGAUAUAUUGUUCUGAGUGUAGGAUAGAGGGGCUCAUAGCAGGAACACCCCAAUAGGUCUCGUACCUUGGAAGUCAAACGGAAUCCCUUCCAGAAGUUCAUUCGACUUCCAAAACGUUCAGAAGCUCCUGCAGCCAAUUAGAAGCCGCGCCGGACAUUCGGGUUCCAAAGAACGUUCGCAAAUCGGAACGCUCACUUCCGGGUUUGCGGCAUUUGGGAGCCAAAACGUUCGGCUCACAAGGUGUUUGUCAACCAAGGUACGGCUGUACACAAUAAAAGGGAUAUGUGGAGAAGGCCAAGGAUCUCAGGCAAGGGAGGGGGAAGCGCCAAACAGCAUACGCAGAAUACUGUACUAUUUAUAGCCUCUGAACAUUGCACUGCUUCUUUCAUUUCAGCUCUCUUAAAAGAUCCCCACGCAGACUUUGGAUGUGAUAUAUUAUCAGCCUUAAGACCAACCACGCUUCUGAUGGAUCCUCAUAGAAAAUGGACUGUAUGUGUACAACUGCUUGUGUGGCUUAGCUGUGCCUUUGCUUCAGGAAACUGGCCUCGAACAAAGAGAAAAAUGGGAGGGCAGCCAGCUCACUUCACACCUUAGCCCUGGAACCUAUUUCUAAAGCCUCAGAACUUGUGCUGUAUUAAACAAAGAUGCCUUCACUUCCGAGUAAAGCGACGAUUUCUAUUAUACCGUGAGGGCUGUGUAUGCUUAGGCUCUCUCUGUCGAAGUGGCUAGACAAAUUUACAAAGCAACACUCACACAGGAAUUUUGGCAAUGGAAUCUUUAGACUCCUCCUACGACUUGCUCUCUCUCUCUCUCUCUCUUUUUUUUAAAAUGAUGUUUAUUAAAAUUUCAAAAAAUACAAAGCUUACACAAAAACAAAACAAAAACAAAAAGUAAAGAUAAAAAUAUAAAAAAUAAAAAUAAAAAUAUGAGAAAAUAGAAGAUACAGAAAAAAAAUAAAGAAAAAAACAAAACAAGUUCAUUAUUUUCAGAUCCUUAACUGUCAUUACCUUCUUUCUUAGACCUCCUCCUCCUCUCUUCCUUUGUAUUCUAGUUGUUAAUUAUCCCAGCAAAUCCUUUCCUUUCCAUGUUUCAAAAAAAGAAAAAAUUCUAUCAUUACAUUACCCUCGACUAAUUUAAUCCUAUCUUUCUAUAAUAAAAUAAACCUUAAAGUUUAAAAUUUAAGUCUUAACUUUACCAACUUCUUGUGUUCAUAAUGUUCUUUCAUAAUUCUUUAUGCAUCUUUACUAAAGCCAGGUAAUUUCUUCCAACAUUUUUCUAUCAUUCAUCAACUUUGUAAAACAUUCUAUUAAUAAAGAAAAAGAAAAAUAUAAACAAGUCCAAUCUUUAUCCAACGUCCCUUCCUCCUGGUUCCGGGAUUUGUUAGUCUUUGCUUUGUUCUAUUUACAAAAGAACGGAAGGGUGACUUCCUGUUUAGCCCUUCCUGCUCUGUACCGAAUUCAAUAGAUUUUUUUUUCUUUUUUAUAGUCCAAUUCUGUCCCUACGCGGCUUCACUCCACAGAAGAAGCAGACGACUCACAGCACAGCGCCACUUCCCCGCUCUGUUCCGGAGCUCGUUGCCGGGUUCCUUUGCAGAUUGGGGGGGCGCAAACAGUGCCCGCCGAGUCCCAGGGUCACAGGCUUCACCCGCCUGUGAUUUAAGGGGUCCCCGCUGCGCCGAAGCGGUGUCAGACCCAAUUUCUGUGGAGCAGAUUCCCUCCGGAUUAGAGGGAAUCCGCCAUUACCAUUGGCGCCACCUCCGGAAGUCUCUACGACUUGCUCUCUCUCUCCCCCCCCCCGCUUUACCUGUCUCUCCUCUGACCACGUGACCUUUGGACCCACCCACAUUCACCUGGAGCUCUCCGGCAGCUCCUGAUUCUCUCCAGGAGACCUCAGCUUUGUUCCGGAGAGUUUUUCCUUUGCACUGGACUGCCAUGGACUGAGGCUAUAUGUCAUUUAUUCCCUUCCCUUCUAACCGUUGACACUGGGGUCGUCUUGCAGCUAUUCCCACCUGACUUUCUACUGCAGGAGAGCAGAACGAGGGGCUCUUUGGGAACAGCCAGGUGCUUUCAUCCAGGUCACCGGCGUACCUGUUUUCCACCUGCGAUUUCCGCACAGGUGAGUUGGCAGCACGCAGGCAGCUUGGAAACCAAGCUGGCUUAAAAAAAGAAAGGAAAAAAGGGCGCUUUGCUUUCCAAACGGGGUGUGAUUUGUUUUGGUUUUCGUUCUGUGCCUCUGCGGUCCAAGGAAUUGCUACGUCUUCCUGGACCUGGCUCUGAAACAGGAAAAAUAACUUUUAGAGAGUUUUCACAUUUCUGUAGCUCUUUUGAUCAGAAGCUUAGAGUUAGACAAAGGUAAAUUCAGCAUCAGCCUAUAAUAAUGAUUGUAUGAAGACUCCAUACAAAUUACUCCAGACUUGAAAGAAUCAUCAGAAUGCUUCAAUAAACAGGAUGCUGAAUCUUUUUAGUCUUGUGUUGCUCUGACACAGGGUUUCCCAAACUUUGGUCCCCAGCUGCUUCUGGACUACAGUUCCUAUCGUCCCUGACCACUGGUCCUACUAGCUAGGGGUGAUGGGAGUUGUAGUCCAAAAAAGAGUUGGAGACCCAAGUUUGGGAAACUGUGCUCUAACAGCACAAUACUGCAUGUCUAAUCAGAUGUGAGCCCCAUUGUUUUCAAAGGAGCAUACAGUACUUCCAGAAAUAUGUGCAUGGGACUGCAGCCUAACCUGGUUUGUCUGAAAGGAAGUUAUAGUCUCCCUGGGACAGUGUCUAUCAGGGCUGCUUACCUGUGGCUUUGCAGGUACUUUUUGCAACUCCCAUCAACCCUACCUAGGGUCCAAUAGUCAAGGAGGGCAGGAGGUCACAGGUCAGCCAUCCCUACUUGGGAUUGUAUUCUCUAUGGUCACUCAUCUGUACCAUACCUUUAAAGCACUCUUAUACCAUUUUAACAUUCAUGAAUCCUGGGAACUGUCGUUUGUUGAGGGUGCUGGGAAUUGUAGCACUGUGAUGAUUAAGCCCAGCAUCUUUUUGGGGAGAUGCCAUGACUGUGAAAGUGGUAUAAAUGUGCUUUAAAUGUGUAGUGUGGAUGUGACUGUAGUAGUUAUUAAUCUAAGGUAAAGGACCCCUGACCAUUAGGUCCAGUCGUGACCGACUCUGGGGUUGCGGCGCUCAUCUUCCUUUAUCAGCCAAGGGAGCCGGCGUACAGCUUCCGGGUCAUGUGGCCAGCAUGACUAAGCCGCUUCUGGCGAACCAGAGCAGCGCACGGAAACACCAUUUACCUUCCCGCUAGAGCGGUACCUGUUUAUCUCCUUGCACUUUGACGUGUUUUUGAAUUGCUAGGUUGACUGGAGCAGGGACCGAGCAACGGGAGCUCACUCUGUCGCGGGGAUCUGAACCGCCGACCUUCUGCUCUGCAAGUCCUAAGCUCUGUGGUUUAACCCACAGCGCCACCCGCGUCCCUAUUAUUAUUAAUCCCGUUAUUAAUCUACGUCGCUGCUUAUUGGAGUAGAAACUCUCUAACCUAGAGGACUCAUCCUCACAGCCCCACAGAUUUUUUAAAAAAUGGUAAAAGUUGGCAACCUGAGCAAUAUAGGAAUGAUAAUAAUACUCGCCUACCUUACAGGGUUGUUGUCAGGAUUAGGAGAGGAUGUUAUGUGAAGCGCUCUGAAAAGACUAUAUGAAUGUUAAGUAUUAUUCUACCCGUGGCCCCUUAGCAAACAUCCCCUAAAACUACAGUGCGGAAAUUUGUUAACAGGAACGUUAUUUGCUGAUGCUCGAGUCUGUCUGACGCAAACCGUUGGGACUAUAUCCUUGGGCAGCAAGGGGAAGCGGCUGGUUUUCUUUCACUUUUGAUUAUGCUGUAAAUAAUUUCUAAAAAUCCUAAGCACUCUUGUUUGCCAAUAACUUCUGAAAUCCUAAGCACUCUUUUUUGGAGGCAGGUCCAGGGUCAGUUCCUUCCUAAAGGCUUCCCGAGCCAUCAUUAGGGCAGUAAUUAUUUUUAAAGACUUAAAAAACAAAGCUGUGUGCAGUCUGAUAAUUACUUUACAACACUUAUCUGUGACUUUGCAAAGGAUCCUGGGAGGACACGCCUCUUGGAUCGUGCAGAGCCUGGCACGACAGAGAGUGCCUUUCUGCCAGCCCGGAGGAGCAAGCCUUGCAGGGCGCAGUGGGAUGACCUUUGGAGGAAAUAUGCACAAGUUCAGGCUGCGAAUGAUUAACUUGCUUGAUAAAUGUAGGGGCAGAAAGCCAAGCUCGUGCCAUUUCAAAUGGUGGAUUUCUGAAAACGACUGAGUAACAGCUCUGCCCUGUUCCCUUAAGGACUUCUCUUUAAGAAUGGGCACGCAGGAGAGUGGCAAUAGGGUUAUUGUUUUGUUACACACUCCGGUUUCGGAUUCCUCCUAAGGAGCGUAAUUACCACGCCUCCUGUGUUGUCUUGCUGGUCAGUUCCACUGACCACUCUUUGUCAAAGUAGACAGUACCCAAGACCAGAUAUUUUGGUACCAGAGAUAGAAAAACCCCACCUCCCCUCCCUCACUCCCCAGCAGUAAAAGCAACAAUAAUGAAUCAAUUUACUAACAGCUUGCUGCCUUUCCAUGACACCCCGAAAUCAGCUGCCUGAGGCAGUUGCUUUGCCUGCCUAAUUGCUGGAGCGACUCUGUCUCUCCAGCUUUCUUGUUAUAUUGGGCUCUUAUCAAGUUCCCAGCAGUUGUCCCCAUGUUAUCAGACAGUAGAGCAGCAACUGUUUUAUCUGUGGGGAGGAACCAGUUGUAUAAUACCAGCAGUGUGUCCUUCCCAGAAAUGGGGGUUUCCUAACAAUGGGGGUUUCCCUAACUGUUGUUAGGAAACCCCCAUUUCCUUCCCAGAAAUACUAUUUUGCAGAGUUUCCCAUGAAGAGGGACCUCUGGGAAUUGUAGCACCAGGAAGGGAAUCAGGAUCCCCUAACAACUCUUAGCACCCUUAACAAACUAUAACUCCCAUAAUUAUUUGCGGGAAGCCAUAAUUGUUUAAAGUGCUUUGAAUUUAUAGCGCUUUGAAUUUAUGAUGUGAACGUGGCCUUAUUUGAAGUUGUUGACUCCUCCGUCCAUCUAAGGCUGCAAAUCCUAUGCACACAGACUUGGGAGCAAAUUCUGUUCAACUCAGACUUUGGAGGAGUUACUUCUGAGUAAACAGAAGCAAGCAGGCAUUGACAUAAUAGGGCUUCUGAGUGAACGUGCUUAGGUUCACACUAUAGUACAGGUUGUAAAUGCCCUCAGAAGGAAAACCAGUGUGGUGCAGUGGUUCACGUCUUGGACUAGGACCUCAGAGAUACGAGUUCAAAUCACCACUCAGCCAUGAUGCUCAUUGGGUGAUCUUAGUUCAGUCAUCAUCUCUCAGCCUAACUUACCUCAGACACUAUCCAUUUAAAGCAGAUGGCUUCCUCCCCCAAAAUCUGGGAAUUGUAGUUUAUCCCUCACUGGGCUACAGUUCCCAGCACCAUUAACAAACUAAGGUUCCCAAGAUUCUGUGGAGGAAGCCAUGUGUGGGUGGUGUUGUGAGGAUAAAAUGGGGAAAGAGCCUUGAGGUACCUGGAGAAAAGUAAUGAGAAAUGCAUAAAUAAAUUUCUGUAUUUCAGCACAUUUACAACUCCCGGCUUCUGAACCUGCUCCUGGUAAGCUUUCUUUUAACUGCAGUUUCAUCUGCAGCAAUUAGCAGGUAUUAAUGUUUAGCACCAUGCUAUGAAGUGCUUCGCCUGCUGAUUUCUACAGAUCAGACUUCUGUUAACAGGAACCGGGAGUAAGCCAGACCCAGUUGGGAAUCCAAUUUAAAAUGGAAAAUGAUUAAAAAAUAAAACCAAUUACCUGGUUAGGCUCCUCAUUGGUAAUGCUUUUUUAACCACCUGGCAGAUUCCCUCUCCACAGGCCUGGCCCAAGAUAUUUAGCUGCCUGAGGCGAAGAAGGAACCCCCACUCUCUGUCAAAGUAGACAGUACCCAAGGCCAGAUAUUUUGGUACUAGUGGCAGAAAAACCCCACCUCCCCUCCCUCACUCCCCAGCAGUAAAAACAACAAUAAUGAAUCAAUUUACUAACAGCUUGCUGCCUUUCCAUGACACCCCGAAAUCAGCUGCCUGAGGCAGUUGCUUCGCCCUGCCUAAUUGCUGGAGCGACUCUGUCUCUCCAGCUUUCUUGUUAUAUUGGGCUCUUAUCAAGUUCCCAGCAGUUGUCCCCAUGCUAUCAGACAGUAGAGCAGCAACUGUUUUCUCUGUGAGGAGGAACCAGUUGUAUAAUACCAGCAGUGUGUUGUGUCUAAUGCCUGUGUUGUUGUUUUUUCGUAAGUGAAGGCUGGCAGAUAAGAGAGAGCUACUGUAUCACGCGAAUGGGUGGUGUUAUCCCAGAAUAUAUAUUGGAGGACACUCUUGAACCCAGAUCUUUGGCACUGUCUCAUGUCCUCCUUUCAGGGCGCAUCAUGUGGAGUCCUCCAUGUCUUCUUUUGCUGUUCCAAGCCCUCAGCCAAAGCUUUGCCGUUCCACUCCAGAAGCAGCCAGAACACCAGCAGACUCCAGAGGAUCAAGGUAAGUUGAGGGUUGGGGGACACGCGCACACGCACGCACACACACACACACACACACCCUUGCCAGGACUGCCUGCAUCUGUUUUCAAAAGGAAUCGCACUGUGGGAUAACGCAGAAUCCAUCUGCUUUUAUUCUGGGAAUGAUGAAUCCACUUUGUCGAGGAGCACAUUUCAGGGGCAAAGAUGCAACAGGGAUUGUGUGUGUGGACUAGGUGGAAAAAACCAAGAACUUGCUUUUCACCGAUUGUAAAAGAAAAUGUUGUGCAUGCAGAGUCUAAAGGAACAAAGAGCCUGGAGGUCACAGGUGACUUUUUAAGGUUAUUUGAAGUGAGGAAAAUGCCUACAUAAGAGCUGUAAAGUAGAACGAGUUCCCCCUAAAUAGGCCUUUCUUAAGCCUUCUUUAUUGACGUUUGUACCUUCCUCCCAAGAGAUGCGGGUGGCGCUGUGGGUUAAACCACAGAGCCUAGGACUUGCCGAUCAGAAAUUGGAGGUUCGAAUCCCCGCGACGUUGCUCGGUCCCUGCUCCUGCCCACCUAGCAGUUCGAAAGCACAUCGAAGUGCAAGUAGAUAAAUAGAUACCGCUCCGGCGGGAAGGUAAACGGCAUUUCCGUGCGCUGCUCUGGUUCGCCAGAAGCGGCUUAGUCAUGCUGGCCACAUGACCCAGAAGCUGUACGCCGGAUCCCUCGGCCAAUAAAACGAGAUGAGCGCCGCAAUCACAGAGUCGGCCACGACUGGACCUAAUGGUCAGGGGUCCCUUUACCUUCCUACUGGCAGCUAGGAUAUCAUGCAAGGAUUUUUUCAUCCCAGCCACCCAUGUCUUCCCACCCCAGAAACUCUAUGAUUAGGCUUUGGGCUUAGCCAAAGUCCUGCACUGAGCUUCAUGGCUGAGUGAGGAUUUGAACCUCUUUCUCCAGCACUUCAACCACUGCACACCACCACUAGCUCUCUUACUGUCUUUAAGAAAUCUACAUCCAGCCAAUGAGAGGUUUGUCCCACUGGCUGUGGUAGCAAUGAGAAGCCCAAGCUCCCUGCACUGCCCCUCUCAUUCCUAAACACAGACGUCACAGCAAGCAAAUAACCAGCGAGUGCAUUGGACCCUUGCGGAACCACAUUCCACAUUUUCCAAUGAAUACAAUAUAUGGGGGGGGGCAUCUCAUUUCCUCAAACUGUGUGCAAUAAGCUUUUGAGUUCUAACGAAGGGUCAUUCAACCAGGAAAUGAAGGCAUGUGACUGUGAGCAACGAAAAAAGCAACAAUGCCUCAUGCCUAGUGUCUAAAACAGCUCACCUGGAAAGGUUGGGAAAGUAUCAAAGCAAGCAGUGACAUUUGAAGAAAGGAGAAGGACCUGAUGGGUGCAGCUGUCAGCUCCCAGGCCUUUUGGACCUCCCAGAAGCCUCUGCUAUACCUGCAAAAUCCCGUAUUUUUCGCUCGAUAACACGCACCUGACCAUAACACGCACAUAGUUUUUAGAGGAGGAAAACAAGGGGAAAAAAUUCUGAAUGAAACAGUGGAUGUAUCAUUUUUGUGCUUCAUGCUGUGGCCACAGACAUGUGAUUUGACGGUGAGUUUGGGGUAGCCCAAUGCAAAGAUCCUGAGGAUCCAUGUGGAUCCGUGCUUUGUAACCACGUUUUAAGUGGGGAGGGAAGAAAAAACACAGAAGGCUCAAGGAGCAGGGGAGGGGUGUGUGGAGAAGCAGCUGGCUAACAAUGCAGGAGAGGGGUUUAACGGGAGGGAGGAAAGGAAGGCAAAAGUUUCCUCCCACCCCCCCCAAGCCAGCCCUCUCUCUCUCUCCCACCUGCAUGUUUUCCGGCUGCCUGCGAGUCCAUGGAAUGCUGGACGAAGCAGCAGCACCGGAGCACGGAGAGGAGGAGGUGGUGGCUGUCGGCUGCGCUCCUAGCCGACGGAACCUGAGCUGAUGUGCGCAGUGUGACUAGGAAGGAAUUAGAAGGAAGGACACGAUCCUUUCCUUUCCCCUCUGUUUGCCAGGAGGGCAGGGGAUUUCCCUGCUCUUUGUUGCGUUUGAGCAAACACAGCAACCGAAAACAGGAGAGGGUGGGCAGUAAGACCUUGAGGCAGAAUGCAGGAAAGCAGCAACCUCCUCUCUUUAGCCUUCCCUCCUCCGUGCGAUCUGAUUUUUGCCCCUGUACUCAGGCCAGUCGGCUCCAGGGACCACACAUUCGCUCAAUAACACGCACAGACAUUUCCCCUUACUUUUUAGGAGAAAAAAUGUGAGUGUUAUAGAGAGAAAAAUACGGUAAAUGCUGCCAUUCUCAGUCCUCUUCAUAUGCAACGUCCCCUAGAGGGUGGAAAGUGUAUGUUAACUGGCUGGGGUUGAUGGGAGUUGUCGUCAAAAACAUCUGGAGGGCACCAUGUUGGCAAAGGCUGGUGUAUGUGAAAAUAACUGAGGACUUCAGCGUGACACACCCAAGAAUACUGGGAGCUGGUGUUUGCUAAGGGUGCUGAGAGUGGUUAGGAGACCCUAGUUCCCCCUCCCAGAGUUCCCUGGGAAGAGGGAUUGGCUGUUAAACCACUAUGGAACUGCAGAGAGGAAUGUGAGUCUCCCAUACCGUCCAACUUUUUACUACGUAAAAUCGGGGUGAGAGCGCGAUAUUGCGGCACCCCCAAUGGCCACUGAGAUCUCAUACGCAUGUCCCAUUUUUCCCGGGGCAACUUGAAAGGCAUGGGCUCCUAACAAGUGUGUUUCCUUGACAAAUUACAGUCCCUAGAAUUCUGUAGGGGAGCACAGGGCAGAGGGCACACAGGGUCAAAGGUUCUCCACUUUGGUGUAGCAACAACUCCCCUUUCUUUGAGAGAACAAAUGACCCUUGGUCCUAGGACAGUGGUGGCGAACCUAUGGAGCCCUCUCUGUGGGCACGCGCGCCGUUGCCCCAGCAGGGCCAUAGCUAGGGGGUGAAACAGGUGCUUCAGCGCUGCAGGAGGCUCCUGGCCGCUUCCAGCAUGGUCCCAGCACUGCUAGGGCACCAUUUUCACCCUCGGGGCCAUGCUGGGGGGAGGAGGAGAGGAGGGCUUGUGUUGGGAAACUGCUGCUCUGUCCUGGCCUCAACUUUUGAUGCGCCAGGGCCUCCCGCCAGUUUGUCGUUCCUUACUCAAGAGUAAGCCACCUUGAGUUCAGCAAGGUUAGACAAAUUAUCAGCAUGCGUGCAACAGCAAAAAUCACAUUACUUGUUCAGAAGCAUGCCAAAUGCAAACUUUUACCUUUUUUAAAAAAAGUUGUUUGUAUCAUUGAAAGCUCUGUUAUUGUGUUUUUUUCUUUUAAGACAAAAGAUGUUAAUGUAUGUUUUUUUCUAAACUAAAACCUCAGUAUUCAGUUUAAAUUGCCGUGUUGGCACUUUUUGAUAAGUGGGUUUUGGGUUGCAGUUUGGGCAUUCGGUCUCUAAAACGUUCACCAUCACUGUCCUAGGACAUCUUGCCUUCUCUAAACUCCGGGAUAAUAUCUUAUGGUUUCUAUUCUCAGUGAUCCUGGAUGACUCUACUGCACAUCGAUUCCUGAGCCGUAAGCCUCUUUAUAACCACUGGGAUUUUGAGCUGUUCACGCCAGGCGACUUGCAGCGCGAAUGCAUAGACGAAAUUUGCAACUACGAAGAAAUGCGCGAAGUCUUUGAGGACGACUUCCAAACAGCUGAGUAUGGGGAAAGCCUUGGGCUUGGGAGCAACAUAGCAUCUAGCAUAGAGAUUUUUAAACUGUUCUGCUGCACUUCUAGGUAGUCGCAAAAAACACACCCAGAAUUAUAGAGGGGGAAAUGAUUCAGGGCCAACAGGGAUAAAUGCCAAAUUAAAAUCUGAUGCAGCUGUCUGUACCUGCUGAGUGAAAGGAGAACCUAGCAACACCUGCCUGCUACAUAGCAACGUGUCUUCAUGACUGCACCAGGGCGACUAGAGUAAAACUGGAGUUUUAAUUUGAUAGCCUUUCUAGCAACCUGCCAAAGGGCUAUAAUGUCAGGAAUGUGGUUAGCAAAGAAGAAGCAAAUCAAAAUACAGUAGUUGUCUGCCAUCGUACAACAAACGUAAAGGCUUACUAAGGUAGUGGACUGGUUGCAGAGGGGGAGAGAGAGAGCAUUCGAAAACCAGGACCUCUGCUUUUCCGGGAAGAGAUUAAAUAAAUUAAUAGCAAGAGGGUUGUUGUUUAUACAGACAUGGGGGUAAAGCCUAAUUGCUAAGUUCUCUAGAAAGGAGUUUAAUAUUGGGGGCAGACCAAUUCUGCCCCCCCCCAUGCUAAAAAGGUAAAGGGACCCCUGACCAUUAGGUCCAGUCGUGACUGACUCUGGGGUUAUGGCGCUCAUCUCGCUUUAUUGGCUGAGGGAGCUGGCAUACAGCUUCCGGGUCAUGUGGCCAGCAUGACUAAGCUGCUUCUGGCGAACCAGAGCAGUGCACGGAAACACCGUUUACCUUCCCGCCAGAGCAGUACCUAUUUAUCUACUUGCACUUUGACGUGCUUUCAAACUGCUAGGUGGGCAGGAGCAGGGACCGAGCAAUGGGAGCUCACCCCGUCGCGGGGAUUCGAACCACCGACCUUCUGAUCGGUAAGUCCUAGGCUCUGUGGUUUAACCUACAGCGCCACCCGCGUCCCUCCCCCCCAUGCUAGGCCCAACAUUUUAUAUUAAAAAAAUUAAUAAACCACACUGACUGCACUGCACAUUUAAAAUAUUAUUUCCUGCCAUCGUCUGUGCACCUAGAUUUAUGAAGUUGAAAACUGAAAGGGCGGAAGCAGACAAAAAGCAGCUCUGAGUCAUGCUUUACCUGCUGUACAUUUGGAAACUGAAAUUGUGAUUGAUGUAAACUGAGGAUGAGGGAAGUUGUGAUUCUGUGUUGCAUUCAAUGUGUGGUCAGGGUCCUCAUACAUGAAGCGGGGACAAGAUUCCAUGCUUCCCUUAGAAGACAAUAAAGCCCUGGUGCUUCAGAGCCAAGGAAAACCAGGGAACAUCGUUUGUCAUGAACUACAGUGCUCCAUGUCAGGACUCGUCUAGGGAAUUUGGAGCAGGUAGAUUCCUAGCAUAGUAAAAGAGUCACGUGCAAACAGGCCUCAGGAUUCCUAUUACAGAGCUAUGUCCUGGUCUCUGGAUGGUUCAGGGCAGGCAGGGAGUGAAACCAGCAGCAGCAAGAGAUGGAUUGCUGAAAUAAAUCCGUGACUAGGCUGGGGCUCGUUUGCAUCUCAGUUUCCUGGGGGGAGAGUGAUAAGGGCUGCAUCAAAUUGGGAAAUCAGUGUGUGUGAGAUCAGUUUAAACACCACCCUAUUCUGAACUGUGAAGGUGAUUCAAGAUGACGUGUGUGUGUGUGUGUGUGUGUGUGUGUGUAUUUGUGUGGUUUCUGGGGUAUCUUCUCCUUUGUAUGUUUAGAUUUUGUGUCUCUUCCUAUCUUGACAGGCUAUGCAGUUUCCAACAUUUCCAUGUAACUAAACGCAAGAGAAGCCAAAGUAGAUUCUCGGCAGAAACUGCCCAAUAUUAUUUCUCCCUUCUCUCUAAAUACACUCUCUCCUGUAUCCAAGGCCUUUCAUCCCUUUCUUUGCCAUCCACACCAGGAGAUCCUUCUCCUUUCCUCAGUCCCUGUGUUCCCCCACAAUGGAGACUGGUCCAUUGCCAACUGCAUCCAGGCCUCAGCUUAGACCCCCACCUGCCUGCCUGCUUGCAACCAGUCCAGGGGCUGGCCCUGGCUGUCAGUUUUCUCCUCCAUCAUCUUAGUGUUUCCCUUGCACAGCUUGGCAGGGAGGUGGAAGACGACAAAAAUGAGAAAUAGUUGGCUCUCAGUGGCUCUAGCACCACCUAGAGUUGGCCUCCCUGCCUUCAGACCCAGCAGUCCUAAAUAGGCACCAGCCGCCACUGUUCCCCCAAGCUUAUGCCCUCUGCUCUCAUUGGUUGAGAGCAUUUCUCUAGUAAGUGCAUCCCUUUAGUCUGGUGAUGAGGACUUCGUGGUCCUCCAGAGAUUGGGCUGCAUUUGCCAUGAUCCCUGACCAUUGGUCAUGCCGGCUGGGGCUGAUGAGAGUUGCAAUCUGACAACAUCUGGAGGGCCACAGGUUCCCAGUCCUUCUUUGCACCAGUCCCCUUAAAUCCCCAAAUACUGAAUUGAAUGUAUGAAUGCUCCAACACAUGCCACAGUGGCAGGUCGCCAGCGCUUGAACUGGCUCAGUUAAUACAGUGGUACCUUGGGUUACAUACGCUUCAGGUUACAUACGCUUCAGGUUACACACUCCGCUAACCCAGAAAUACUGCUUCAGGUUAAGAACUUUGCUUCAGGAUGAGAACAGAAAUUGUGCUCUGGCGGCACGGCGGUAGCAGGAGGCCCCAUUAGUUAAAGUGGUGCUUCAGGUUAAGAACAGUUUCAGGUUAAGUAUGGACCUCUGGAACGAAUUAAGUACUUAACCCAAGAUACCACUGUACUUAGAAUUUGUUUUCUGGGUUUCUGUGUGGAAGCAUUUGCAGGACCAGAAUUAAUUGGGGAAACUGCUAUUUAUAAAGAUAACGUGUGCACCCUUGUGCACUUUUUCAAGUUUUUUUGCUGGUGCUGCGAGGGCAUAGACACAGACAAUAGAACUGGCUUAUUCGCUCCUUAUCUUUGUGUCAGCUAGCAUUAUCUCGAGGAAGCGCUGUGUUGUUUUCUCUGUAGCAUUCAUGUUUAUUGACAUAUUACAUCUUUAUUUCACACCAGCCCGUUCUUAAAUGCAGAGUACUACUUCAUGGUAAUCGAGAUUCAGAACCCUUGUAGCCCGAGGUGAUUUGUUUGUAGUUUAGAAACCAGAAGAACCGCAAAUAACGUGUAACCUUCCUUUACUGUAGUCAAGAGGUUAGUUAUCGCAGUAUUCGCCCUUGAUAGUGGAAGACCUAAACAGCCCUAGAGGGGCGAGUCUGUUGCAGCAAUUGAGGCCGUGGUUUCCUGUCCCGCUGCAGGUGCUAAUUAGCUGAGCAAUGCUAAGCUGAUUGUGUUAAUCGACAAUUACUGCUGUUGUAAAUGGCGGCUGAACUGGUUUCGCUUAUAUUUCAGCUUUAAUUGAAUUGUCACAGUCUGCACCUUCUGCAUUUCAUUACCAUUUGCCUCUACUGUCUAUGUCUCUCCCCGCCCCCCUUUUAAACCUGUGUAUUUUUGUCUGCCACCAAAGCUCAUGCCACAAUAAACCGGUCCGUUUUAACACCACUUCCCAUACAACGCUAGGGAUAUGUAAGCUCUUUCAUGCUUCCCCCUCCUUUGCUUUUUUAAAAAAUGGAUGUGCUCAGGGGUUGUCAUCGCCCACCGUUUUGAAAUAUUGGGCCUUUCUGUAAUUGCCAUUUAUAGUGAAAUAGUCAUUGUUUGCUCUGAUGUUUUGAAGAGUGCGUUUGUUUGCGGCACCCGACUUUCUUCCUCAUGGUACAGUGGUACCUCGGGUUAAGUACUUAAUUCAUUCCGGAGGUCCGUUCUUAACCUGAAACUGUUCUUAACCUGAAGCACCACUUUAGCUAAUGGGGCCUCCUGCUGCUGCCAAGCCGCCAGAGCACGAUUUCUGUUCUCAUCCUGAAGCAAAGUUCUUAACCCGAGGUAAUAUUUCUGGGUUAGCAGAGUCUGUAACCUGAAGUGUCUGUAACCUGAAACAUCUGUAACCCGAGGUACCACUGUAUAGCGCUAAAAGAGGAAGUGGGAAAGUGUUGUUCUUCGAACUUCCUCCUCCAGCUCUCAGUACUUUUCAAGAAAGGGGUGGAAAGUAGCUAUCUUUACCACCUGAUGAUGAAGGGGACAGUGAGCGGAGGGGAGGUACAGGGGCUUUGUGGGCUCUGGGUGUGGCAUUGCGCCCACAGGCACCAUGUUGACAACUUCAGCAUUGAAUUCUGCAGAAGGGUGAAUGCCAGGAGGUGCCACUUUCCCCAGCGCUGCACCUUGGCAGGAGAAGCUGUUCCUGCUUUAAUCCUUCUCCAGCAUAAAGGACACGGCUGCCAACUGCCCUAUCCCUUACUAAUAUGACAAAUCUCCCAAGUAAUUGCAAGCAGAGGUUUGGGCUGUGCAGUUUUGCGUGUCCGUAGGAUUGCAUGGCACAGUUUCUUAUGUGCUCGCAGCCAGUUCAGAAUUUGGACUGGUUUCAGCUCCUGACUCAAAGAGAGGCAACGCCUUUUGUAUUAAAAUUAACUUGUUGCAUAGGGGUAGAUACACAGUUUAAAAGAUUUACGGUUCCUUCAGCUAAACAGAUCUACCGAGAUUUGACUUCUAAGGACGGGGGUUAAGUGAGCCUGUUGUUUGCGGCCAAGAAUGCCAAGAGUCCUGUGGCAAAGAUUAAUUUAGUGCAAAAGGAACUUUUGUUAGCUGAUUUCGUGAAUCUGAGGGAUUUGAUGUUGUCUCCCCUCCCGCCUUUUUUAAAGGACUUUCUUUUGCGAUAGACUGAUGCCCUCUAGAGUGCGUAUUGCAAACAACAAGUGUGGAAAUAAGGCAGCAUUGCUGGAGAAGCAGUCUUAGGCUGUGUGCACACCAGGGUGUCAUUGCACAUGUGGGCGGCACAUAUGCCAUGUUUCUGAGUGUGCUUCAGUCCACACCCAAGCCGGUUCCAUUUAAACCUUGAGUAGCAGGCAGUGGGGAUGCAGCUGGCACUGUGGAUUAAACCACAGAGCCUAGGGCUUGCCGAUCAGAAGGUUGGCGGUUCGAAUCCCCGCCACGGGGUGCGCUCCCGUUGCUCGGUCCCAGCUCCUGCCAACCUAGCAGUUCGAAAGCACGUCAAAGUGCAAGUAGAUAAAUAGGUAUCGCUCUGGCGGGAAGGUACACGGCGUUUCCGUGUGCUGCUCUGGUUCGCCAGAAGCGGCUUAGUCAUGCUGGCCACAUGACCUGGAAGCUGUACGCCGCUCCCUCGGCCAAUAAAGCGAGAUGAUCGCCGCAACCCCAGAGUCGUCCAUGACUGGACCUAACGGUCAGGGGUCCCUUUACCUUUGGCAGGCAAUAACUGAUUGAGUGUAUUCGCUCUGUUCAUUAUGGAAACCUGAAGUCUGUUGCUGGCAUGUGCACGAGUAUUUUCUUAGCUGUAAGUGCAUGCACCUGUAAGGGGGGGGAAUUCAUUUUGCGGUGAAACGGUGAAAUAGCCAAAGCCAAAGUGUCAAGCACGUUUCACAAUGGGCAAAAUGGCCAUUUAUUUACUUAGUCAGAAAGGCAUGUUUUCCAAUUUACCAGAUUCGUGCAAAACAACACUUUCAAAAAUAAGUACGUGUUUGUGAGUCGCACCUGGCCUUGCCAGGUAAGGAGCCAGCAGCCCACCAAGAAGGGCCUCACCAGGGCAAAAAAUGGCCCCUCCCGCAGCUACACUUCCCAGAAUUUCCUGGGGAGAGGAACUGGUUGUAAAAUCACUCUGGGGGUUGUAGCUGUGUGUUGUAGCUCUUGGCAUUCUUGGCCGCAAACAACAGGCUAACUUAACCCCCGUCCUCAGAAGUCAAAUCUCGGUAGAUCUGUUUAGCUAAAGGAACCGUAAAUCUUUUAAACUGUGUAUCCAAAAACGCUCAGCACCCUUAACAAACUACAAUUCCCAGAAUCCUUGGGGGGAAGCCAUGAAAGUUUAAAGUGGCGUGAUAUUGCUUUAAAUGUAUAGUGCAGAUAGCAUCCAGUGGUUACCACCACCAGAACUCAGGACGUGGAUUUCAAAAUGGCGGGAAGGCUGUUACCGUAUUUUUCGCCCUAUAGGACGCACUUUUUCCCCUCCAAAAAUGAAGGGGAAAUGUGUGUGCGUCCUAUGGGGCGAAUGCAGGCUUUCGCUGAAGCCUGGAGAGCGAGAGGGAUCGGGGCGCUGCAGGCUUCAGGAAGCUAUUCGCAAGCCUUGGGAGCCCGCGGCAGUUCCCGCAGGGCUCCCCAGGCUUGCAGAUAGCAGCCUGUUCUGGGGUUGGGGGAAGCUCGGGCUUCCCCCUCCCCAGCCCCAUGCCUGGGGGGGAAAUAAUUUCCCCCCCUUUAUUCCCCCCCCCCAACUAGGUGGGCCCUAUGGGCCGGUGCACCCUAUAGGGCGAAAAAUAUGGUAUUUGCUAUCAUGCCAUGUUAACCUCCCUUUUUUUGUUCUCUCUUCAGAAAUUGUUUUGGGAUAUCUAUGAACACAACGGGAAAGGAGGCGCAAGUGAGUAAGGGUAGAAAAUGGCAGUGGGAAAUUCCCAGGCAUCCCUCUUAUAUUGUGAGUCAGCUAAUGACAGAAGGAAACAAACUCCUGUUCGGUUUCCCAGAGGCUCAUCCUUGAGGAGCAAACAGGCCACAAACACCCACGCGCCCAAUUUAUUUUGCCCAAUGUGGGGCUCGAACCCACAAACCUGAGAUUAAAAGUCUCAUGCUCUACCGACUGAGCUAUCCCAGGCCAAAUUUCAGUAGGGGAAAGCAAGAGCAGACUUUGGCACUUGCGCCAGGGGCUUACUCUGAGCUGAGGGGUGUCAACAGGGUUUUUAAGGCCCAGUACACUCUGUGGAUUGGGCCCUCUGCAAAAUAAGUUGGUGGGCUCUCAUCGCCACUGUGCUUUGCAGCACCCCCAGCUGUCCUACAAGGAAAAUACAAAGCAUGUUAUACUUCAUUUUAAAAGGGGGAUCAAAAGGGUCUAGUGAACAUUUGGUUCUUGGUGUGUCCAAGGUUUCCUCUUGUUGCUGCUUUAUUUUUCUAGUUGUUUCUAGUUCACAUUCUGUUCCUUACAGUUAACCUUAUUUUACAAUAGUUUUUUGAACUUUUUAUCCUUAAGCAUCAGCUCUCCACCUGCCAAAUCCUGCAUGUACAAUAUUUUACCAUUUGCAAUUUCCAGUCCCCUUUUCCUUAAAAAACAAACAAACAAACAACUGUUUAGGGGUACUCUCAUUUUGACUCAAGAAAAAUCACCAUUUUAUAGUUCAAAUCAGGGAAAAUAAAUGCAGUAAAUGGACAAAAGUACAAAGAUUCACAAAAUGUUCAGGGGUAUGCAUACCCCCAGAAAAAAAGCACUGGCAAUAUCUACAAGUGAGUGCAAGGAAUUUAUUUUAGAAAUGAUUAUUGCUGCUUUAUUGUGGAUUUGAUAAUUUGUGAUUUUCAAAUCCACAAUAAAUCAGCAAUAAUCAUUUCUAAAACAAAUUCCUUUCCUUCCUCCUGCAUGUGUGAAAAAGCCCAAUAGUUCACUUUUACUAGGUGUUUUCCCUUUUCUUAUCUGCACAGGCCACUCUGCCAAAGAUCCUCCCCAGAACUCUUAUUAAAUUCCCAGCCGAAACAUCUCCUGUUGUUGUCCCUUCUAAAAUAGGAAUUCCAAGGACGACCUUCUGCCUCAGUGUUUUCCCACGGCCGCUUCACAAGCAGCCCAUAAUAGCAAGGGAGGGCAGAUUGUACUUCCUGGAGAAAAGGCAACUUUGAUAUCUCUGAAGCCCCUCUGAAUCAUGGUGGCAGUGCUCACAACAGGGCUCCUAUUAGAGCAAUUUGCGGAGGCAGACACCAGAUAUCUCUACUAAUCUUCCCUCAAUCUCUCCAGCUUCCACAGUAAGACCUGGUGUUGACGUGGCUGGCCUGGUGGCUGGCCUCGUAGGAGCGUUGGUGUCUGCAGUCAUGCUUGUGAUUGUGGGCAUGUAUUACAUCAAAUACUGGAGGAAGCAGAGGAGCCGUUCCAGGUACGGAUCAGGAUCCAAGUAUAGGUGCUCUGGGGGGCAUGCAUGCAUGGGAAUGAGAAGCAGUUCCAGGCAGCUUUCAAAAUCAGGAGGUCCUAGUCAGGGUCAGCAUGAACGAUGCAGGGCUCCAUUGUAGGGGAAGUUAACUCUUUAUUCAAGGAGGUAAAGGUAAAGGGACCCCUGACCAUUAGGUCCAGUCGUGACCGACUCUGGGGUUGUGGCGCUCAUCUCGCUUUAUUGGCCGAGGGAGCCGGCAUACAGCUUCCAGGUCAUGUGGCCAGCAUGACUAAGCCGCUUCUGGCGAACCAGAGCAGCGCACGGAAACGCCGUUUACCUUCCCUUCCGGAGCGGCACCUAUUUAUCUACUUGCACUUUGACGUGCUUUCUAACUGCUAGGUUGGCAGGAGCAGGGACCGAGCAACGGGAGCUCACCCCGUGGCGGGGAUUCGAACCGCCAACCUUCUGAUCGGCAAGUCCUAGGCUUUGUGGUUUAACCCACAGCGCCACCCGCGUCCCUCCUUUAUUCAAGGAAACAGCAUACAAAUCAGCAACAGUUCCCAGUAGGUCUUGCCCCUGGGGAGCAGUUGCCAGGACUGAAGGUCCCUGCCUUCUGCCCCUUCUAAGGCUCCUCCUCUCCUGGAUGUUUCCCAAGCAGUCUCAAACGGUGUCUGUGUACCUGUGGUCUCUGUUCUUCUCUCCUUAUUAUCCUGCACGUUCUUGGAGACCACAGUGGAGGAGAGCUUGUUGCAACAAUAAUAUAAUAAUAAUUUACUAUUUAUACCCUGCCCAUCUGGCUGAGUUUCCCCAGCCACUCUGGGCGGCUCCCAAUCGAGUUAAAAACAAUUCAGUAUUAAAUAUUAAAAACUUCCCUAAACAGGGCUGCCUUCGGAUGUCUUUUAAAGAUGGGAUAGCUGCUUAUUUCCUUGACAUCUGAUGGGAGGACGUUCCACAGGGCGGGCGCCACUACCGAGAAGGCCCUCUGUCUGGUUCCCUGUAACCUCACUUCUCGCAAUGAGGGAACCACCAGAAGGCCCUCGGAGCUGGAUCUCAGUGUCUGGGCUGAACGAUGGGGGGGGAGUGGGAGACUCCCUAGAUUCUUCAGCAGCCUGACCUCCCUCUUCUGCUUCAGCCUCAGAGUCCGAACUGUUCCCUGACACAGGUUCUUUCUGCUCCCAAACCCUCUUGUCCCUUCAGCAUCCAGCCCCUCCUCACAAUCUUCUCCCUCUGACCUCUCUUCAAGUGUCCCACCACCAAUCCCCUGGCUUUGAGCCUUCCUCCUCUGGAGUUUCCCUUGGGGGGUGUUAUGUACUGAGUUGAAUAGGAUCCAAAAAUGCAGCAGUCUGAUUCCGAGUAUAUUUCAGGGGGGGGUUCCCUGCUGGUGCCUCCCAUCACUCCUCUUCAGCCAGCCAGCCCCUGACAGUCCUUGAGUGGAUCUCCCACAGUUGAUCACACUCCAGUCGGUGCCCUCGACAUUGGGGUCCCAGCUCCAGGAGGUACAGUUGUACCUUGGAAGUCAAAUGGAAUCCGUUCCGGAAGUCCGUUCGACUUCCAAAAUGUUCAGGAACCAAAGCACGGCUUCUGGUUGGCUGCAGGAAGCUCCUGCAGCCAAUCAGAAGCCACGGAAGCCCCGUCAGACAUUCAGAUUCCAAAGAACGUUCACAAACCGGAACACCCACUUGCGGGCUUACGGCGUUCGGGAGCCAACAUGUCCAAGAACCAAGGCGUUUGGGAUCCAAGGUACGACUGUAUAAGCCUCUUAGCAAAACAUUCGCCAACAAGGGCAGGAUUGCAAGUGCCAUGGAAUCCAAACAAGCCAAGGUCAAGCGGAGAAGAUCAGCCUAGGUCUAGAGCCCAAGGUCAAAUAACAGCCCAAAGUCAAUAUCACAAGCAGGUCAGGCAAACUACUGGUACCUGCACAAGGAUGCAGAGACUUGUAUAGUUUGCAGCUAGCAGAGGCUUCCCAGACCACAACCCUGCCCUGCCACCCUAGGCUCCUUUGGGAAGAAGGAUGGGAUAUAAAUUCAGUGGCCAGGUUGCUCACCGGAGCAAGACAGUUUGAGCAUAUUACACCCGUCCUGUUUCGACUGCACUGGCUACUAAUUAGUUUCUGGGCCCAAUUCAAAGUGCUGGUUUUGACCUAUAAAGCCUUAAAUGGCUCAGGACCGCAAUACCUCAAGGACCGCCUAGUAUAAAACUACCCAGACCCUGACCCUGAGAUCAUCUUCUGUGACCCUCCUUCAUGUGCUUCCUCGAGAGGUUCGGAGGGUGGCAACACAAGAACAUGGCUUCUCUGCAAUCUGUGGAAUGCUCUCCCCAGGGAAGUUUGCCUGGCGCCUUCAUUAUACACCUUUAGGCGCCAGGAAAAACAUUCCUUUUUAACCAGGCCUUUGGCUGAUCAGAUUUACAUCCUAGGCCCUUUUAAAAUGUGGGGUUUUUUUGGGGGGAGGGGUUAUUAGCUUGUUUAUAUUUUUAUUUUGGAUUUUGUGGUUUUAUAUUUUGAUUUUAUUCUAUAAACUGCCCUGAGACCUGCGGGUAUAGGGCGGUAUUAAAUAAAUAAUAUAAAUAAAAUUGAUAUACCGUAUUUUUUGCUCUAUAAGACUCACUUUUUCCCUUCUAAAAAGUAAGGGGAAUGUUUGUCUGUCUUAUGGAGCGAAUGCAGGCUGCACAGCUAUCGCUGAAGCCAGAACAGCAAGAGGGACCGCUGCUUUCACUGCGCAGCAAUCCCUCUUGCUGUUCUGGCUUCUGAGAUUCAGAAUAUUUUUUUUCUUGUUUUCCUCCACCAAAAACUAGGUGCGUCUUGUGGUCUGGUGCGUCUUAUAGAGUGAAAAAUACAGUAAAUAGAAUUAAUUCCAUCUGGUUUGCUGGCUGAGACUCUACCUGUCUGCGCACUGUCUUCAGGGUGGUGCAUGCUCUGGUUAUCUCCCGCUUAGAUUAUUGCAAUGCACUUUAUGUGGGGCUACCUUUGAAUGUGACUCAGAAACUACAACUAAUCCAGAAUGCAGCUGCCAGAUUGGUGAAUGUGCGCAGCUGCCAGGACCAUAUAACACUGGACUUUAGAUCUUUAUUGGCUCCCAGUACAUUUCCGAGCACAAUUCAAAGUGUUGGUGCUGACCUUUAAAGCCCUAAACGGCUUCGGCCCUGUAUACCUGAAGGAGCGUCUCCACCCCCAUCGUUCAGCCCAGACAUUGAGAUCCAGCUCCAAGGGUCUUUUGGCGGUCCCCUCAUUGCGAUAAGUAAGUUACAGGGAACCAGGCAGAAGGCCUUCUCUGUAGUGGAAUGCCCUCCUGCCUGAUGUCAAAGAGGUAACGAAUUAGAUGACCUUCUGUAGAUGUCUGAAGGCAGCCCCAUAUUAGGAAGUUUUUAAUGUGUGAUGUUCUGUUGUGUCUUUGUAUAUUUUGUUGAAAGGUGCCCAGAGGGGCUGGGGCAACCCAGUCAGAUGGGCGAGGUACAAUAAUUAUAAUAAUAAUAAUAAUAAUAAUAAUAAUAAUAAUAAUAAUUAAAAUAAAUAAAUACUGCAGCUGCUGGUAGUUGAGGCAUUUUAAGGAUUGCUUACCAACAACCAUUGGUUGAUGGAUGUUGGAAUCACGUAUCACCUGGAAGGCUGGCAGUCCACCAUCUCCAUCCUAGAUCAUUCUUUCUGUAAUUCUUGGGCUUAAGAAAGUAUUUAUUUCCUAAGCAGUACAUGAGAAGCCCUUCUGAAGUCAGUGUGUUUUUUAUGAUGAUAUAACUAAGAUUGUCAGCAAGCAACCAGAGUCCAUAGGAGUGCUUUGUGACAUGCUCUCACCAUUCUGACUCAUCUCCUUCCCUCAUCAGGACUCAAAGCGACCUGUAUCCUGCGGUGCCCCUUGCCACCUUUGUUGAGGCGCCAAAGCCAGAGUCAGCACCGGGACUUCCAUCCUAUGAGCAAGUGCUGGAAACUUCAGGUGUGCACGAUGCACCUCCUCCACCUUACAACAGGUACAAGAGUUUUUGAGAUCUUACUCCGAGCCCAAGCUGCAUCCAGAGUCUGUGUCAAGUGUGCAAGACAGAAAGCUGAAAUGGUCCGUCCAGCUCAGCCUUGUUUACACCAGCUUUUCUCAACCUUAGGUCCCCAGAGGUUGUCGGACUACAGCUCCCAUCAUCCCUAGCUAGCAGGACACGGGUCAGGGAUGAUGGGAGUUGUAGUCCAACAACCUCUGGGGGACCCAAGGUUGAGAGAUGCUGGUCUACAUUGACUGGUAGUGGCUCUCCAGGAUUUUCAGACAGGGAUUCUCUCCCAGCCCUCCCUAGUGAUUGAACGUGGGACCUUCUACAUUCCAAGCAGGUGCUCUCCCACCGAGCUAUGGCCCUCUUCUAGCUUGUUUGGCGGAAGUGGCUGGAGAAUUGGAUUUGGGUCUUAACGCUCAUCACGAAUGGGCUGGGUCAGUGGGAAACAAACCCGUCUGUCCAGACCACAUAGAGGAAGGGCAGAAGAUUCCACAUCUCGGCUGCAGCUUUGCAGCAGCAUUAAACUACCCAGUGAAGAUAAAAAUGGGCUAGCUCCAUGUGCACUGCCCUGAGCUCCUUGCAGGAAGGGUGGGAAACUAAUGUGACAUGACGGCAACUGACAGAAUGCUACUAUGCUAGGCAGUUACUGCAGCAUGGAGCGGCUUCACGAAAUGUAACUUUCUCUGUUGGCUCUGGCUGGGCUUAGCUAAAACCCAGGGACUAUCCUGCUGUUUCUAAUUUAUCUUUAUUUUAGAGUAUUUUUGUUACUGUGAACAAUUUAACGGCUGUGUGUACAGUGGUACCUCGGGUUACAGACGCUUCGGGUUACAAACUCCGCUAACCAGGAAGUGGUUGCUCCAGGUUAAGAACUUUGCCCCAGGAUAAGAAUGGAAAUCGUGCACCAGCAGGAGGCCCCAUUAGCGAAAGCAUGCCUCAGGUUAAGAACCGUUUCAGGUUAAGAACGGCCCUCCGGAACGAAUUAAGUUCUUAACGCAAGGUACCACUGUAUGUUUAUGAACCGGUAAAAGUGUAGCGCAGAAGGCAGCAAUCCAUUUCCUCCUGUCCCUGCUCAGCCCGGCCCUGAUCCAAGCAGUGCUUUCCAUGCAUUCCCCUCUCCUCCUAAGUAGCCUCACAGGCAGCUGGGAAUUCAGUUUGUAUUUAUACGUGAAUUUGCCCAGCUCACACUUUCUGAAAUAUUAGGGUAAGGAUUUCCUGAACCAACAAACUGAACUGGAAUACAAAAAAGGGAGGUAUGAGGAGGUCCGGGAAACAAGCUAAGGAAAAAUAAGCAAAAGAAAAUCUGAGUGUUUUUAAUGAUUUUUAUUUUGUAUUCUUUUUUCCAUUUUUUAUUGUAAUGUUUUAAAAACCCUAAUAAAUAUCUUAUAAAAAAAAAAGAAAUACAUUGGACUCUCAGGUUGCGAACGUGAUCCAUGUGGGAUGCACGUCCGCAACCUGCAACGUCCGCAACCCGCAGCGUCGCAUCUGCGUGCGCACGGGUUGCGAUUCGGUGCAUGUGCAAAGCGUGGUUUAGCGCUUCUGCGCAUGCGUGACUGCCGAAACCCGAAAAAACGCAACCUGAAGCGUCUGUAACCCAAGGUAUGACUGUAAUAUAUGAAUCAAAACACAGCUAGGCUUCAAAAUUUGCACACCCCCAAAUUUUGCAAUGCAGUUCUCCAGCCAAGGAAUGGGUCCAAAAAUGCAUAUACUCGGGUAACUUUGCAUUAAAAUGCAUACGCUCAUGAAAAUAGCUUGCAAAAAAACCCCAAAUGCAUCCUAUAAGGGAAGACUGCUUUGCAAAAAUGAGUAUGUAAAAAAAAAACUGCACCCGAAGAUGUGUUUUUGGAGAAAUUCACACGAAAAUGCCGCUUUAUUUUCAUGACUUGUGGUUUUUUUAAAAAACAAAAUCACAAAGUUGUAUGGAAAUGUGGAGAAAUGAACUGGAUUAGAAAACAGGAAUUGACACACUCGCCAGUCUCUGCUCUGAAGUUUUUGCCUGGCUCACCAUUUCUUGUGUACUAGGCCAAGAGAGAGAGAGGUCAGUUUUCCUUGUUAUUAAUAAAGAAAAGGGGGGUGUUUGUCCUGAAUAUAUGAUGCAACCUUGCAUGAAUGUUUUAAGCAAAUUAGCAUCACCUACUACUGUCAUUGUACAGUGGUACCUCAGGUUACAUACGCUUCAGGUUACACACCCCGCUAACCUAGAAAUAGUGCUUCAUGUUAAGAACUUAGCUUCAGGGUAAGAACAGAAAUCGGGCUCCGGUGGCGCGGCGGCAGCAGGAGGCCCCAUUAGCUAAAGUGGUGCUUCAGGUUAAGAACAGUUUCAGGUUAAGUACGGACCUCCAGAACGAAUUAAGUAGGUACUUAACCCAAGAUACCACUGUAUGGCUUCUUGCUCACUGUUAAGAAUCUCUAUUUUUCUUUUUCUCCACUCCCCACCCCAGGAAUAGCACCAACACUGCCCCACCAACCUGA